GGGACCCGGACUCCUCCCCCGAGGCAGUGGCAGCUCAGUUGCGGCUGGGCCUUGGAGGAGAGAGGAUCUCUGUCACCGGAGCCAUGGCCGUCCGGGCCCCUACACAGCGAGGCGAUGCCAGCGCCGAGAGAUACCUGUUUGUGGACCGGAACCAGGUGGGCAACCCAGCCUCGCAAGCCGACUGGACGGCCAAGCGACUCGUAUGGGUCCCUUCGGAGCGUCACGGCUUCGAGGCGGCCGGGCUGCGCGAAGAGCGGGGUGACGAGGUGAUGGUGGAGCUGGCCGAGAACGGGCGUCAGGUGCUGGUCGCCAAGGACGACAUCCAGAAAAUGAAUCCCCCCAAGUUCACCAAGGUGGAGGACAUGGCGGAGCUGACCUGCCUCAACGAAGCCUCGGUGCUGCACAACCUCAAGGAUCGCUACUACUCGGGCCUCAUCUACACAUAUUCAGGGCUUUUCUGCGUGGUCAUCAACCCUUACAAGAACCUGCCCAUCUACACAGAGCAGAUUGUGGAAAUGUACCGGGGCAAGAAACGUCACGAGAUGCCCCCUCACAUCUACGCCAUCUCUGAGGCGGCCUAUCGCAGCAUGCUUCAGGAUCGAGAGGACCAGUCAAUCUUGUGCACAGGUGAAUCAGGUGCUGGCAAGACUGAGAACACUAAGAAAGUAAUCCAGUAUUUGGCGCAUGUGGCUUCGUCGCAUAAAGCCCGCAAAGACCACAACGUACCGCCGGAGUACCUGAACGAAGCCAAACAGGGUGAACUGGAGCGUCAGUUGCUACAAGCCAACCCUAUUCUGGAGGCCUUCGGCAAUGCAAAGACUGUAAAAAACGACAACUCUUCGCGAUUCGGUAAAUUUAUUCGAAUUAACUUUGAUGUAGCUGGCUACAUUGUCGGAGCCAAUAUAGAGACAUAUCUUCUGGAGAAAUCACGAGCCAUUCGUCAAGCCAAGGAUGAGCGCACCUUCCAUGUCUUCUACCAGCUCUUAGUGGGAGCCGGCGAGCAUAUGAAAGGAGAGCUGCUGCUGGAGCCAUUCAAUCAGUAUCGCUUCCUGUCCAAUGGAUACCUCCCCAUCCCCGGCCAGCAGGACAAGGAGAUCUUCCACGAGACCAUGGAGUCUAUGCGCAUCAUGGGAUUUUCCCAUGAGGAGAUACACUGUAUGCUGCGGAUGGUCUCAGCUGUGCUGCAGUUUGGGAACAUUGUCUUCCGAAAAGAAAGAAACACAGAUCAGGCGUCCAUGCCAGAUAACACAGCUGCUCAAAAACUCUGUCACCUCCUGGGCAUGAAUGUCACUGAGUUUACACGUGCCAUCCUUACCCCACGCAUAAAAGUUGGCCGGGACUAUGUACAGAAGGCACAGACAAAGGAGCAGGCUGACUUUGCAGUUGAAGCAUUGGCCAAGGCCACAUAUGAGCGACUCUUCCGCUGGCUGGUGCAUCGGAUCAACAGGGCACUGGACCGUACUAAGCGCCAAGGAGCUUCCUUCAUCGGCAUUCUGGACAUUGCAGGUUUUGAAAUCUUUCAGCUGAAUUCCUUUGAACAGCUCUGUAUCAACUACACCAACGAGAAGCUCCAGCAGCUUUUCAACCACACCAUGUUUGUACUGGAGCAAGAAGAGUACCAACGAGAAGGCAUCGAAUGGAACUUUAUUGACUUUGGCCUGGACCUCCAGCCCUGCAUUGACCUCAUUGAAAGACCUGCCAAUCCCCCAGGAGUGCUGGCGUUGCUAGAUGAGGAAUGCUGGUUCCCCAAAGCCACUGACAAGAGCUUUGUAGAGAAAAUCAGUCAGGAGCAGGGAACUCACCCCAAAUUCCAGAAGCCCCGGCAGCUGAGGGACAAAGCUGACUUCUGCAUCAUUCAUUAUGCUGGCAAGGUGGAUUACAAAGCGGAUGAGUGGCUCAUGAAGAACAUGGACCCUCUCAAUGACAAUGUGGCUACCCUCCUCCACCAGAGUGCCGACAAGUUCACAGCAGAACUUUGGAAAGAUGGUAGGGUGUUUACAAAGACUGAGAUCCAGAAUAUACAGAAGGUCUAUUUCUUUGACAGCUAUGCCGUGGCACCUCAGGGUCCAGUAGAAAUGGAUCGGAUUGUCGGCCUGGACCAAGUGAGCGGGAUGGGCGACUUGGCCUUUGGUGCCUCGUACAAGACCAAGAAGGGAAUGUUCCGGACUGUGGGGCAGCUGUAUAAGGAGUCCCUGUCGAAACUCAUGUCAACGCUGCGCAACACCAACCCCAAUUUUGUGCGCUGUAUCAUACCCAAUCAUGAGAAAAGAGCUGGAAAACUGGAACCGCACCUUGUAUUGGACCAACUGCGCUGCAAUGGAGUCCUGGAAGGAAUCCGCAUUUGCCGCCAAGGGUUCCCCAACCGCAUCAUCUUUCAGGAAUUUCGGCAGAGAUAUGAAAUCCUGACACCAAAUGCCAUUCCCAAAGGCUUCAUGGAUGGGAAACAGGCCUGCGAACGAAUGAUCAAGGCCUUGGAGCUGGAUCCUAAUCUCUUCCGCAUUGGCCAGAGCAAGAUCUUCUUCCGGGCCGGCGUUUUGGCUCACCUGGAGGAAGAACGGGACCUGAAGAUUACAGAUAUCAUAGUGUCUUUCCAGGCAGCUGCCCGCGGAUACUUGGCCCGCAAGGCUUUCAUGAAAAAGCAGCAGCAGAUGAGUGCCCUCAAAGUCAUGCAACGCAACUGUGCUGCCUACCUCAAGUUGCGCCACUGGCAGUGGUGGCGUCUCUUCACCAAGGUAAAGCCCCUACUACAGGUGACACGCCAGGAUGAGGUGAUGCAGGCAAAGGCUGUUGAGCUGCAAAAGGUGCAAGAAAAACACACAAAAACCCAACUGGACCUCAAGGAACUGGAGAACAAAUAUCAGCAGCUUUCGGAAGAGAAGACCAUCCUGGCUGAGCAGCUACAGGCAGAGACGGAGCUGUUUGCGGAAGCCGAGGAGAUGCGGGCACGGCUGGCGGCCCGGAAGCAAGAACUGGAGGACAUCUUGCACGAACUGGAGUCUCGGGUAGAGGAGGAGGAGGAGCGAUGCCAGCAGCUGCAGGGGGACAAGAAGAAGAUGCAGCAGCAUGUCCAGGAUCUUGAAGAGCAAUUGGAAGAGGAGGAGGCUGCCCGGCAGAAGCUUCAGUUGGAGAAAGUGAGCACGGAAGCCAAGCUAAAAAAAAUGGAGGAGGACCUGUUAGUGCUUGAAGACCAAAACUCGAAGCUGCACAAAGAAAGGAAGCUGAUGGAGGAACGUCUCUCAGAGUUCACAUCUCACAUGGCAGAGGAGGAGGAGAAAGUGAAGAGCCUCUCCAAGCUGCGCAAUAAAUACGAAGCAGUCAUGGCUGACAUGGAAGAUCGGCUAAAGAAGGAAGAAAAGGGGCGUCAGGAGCUGGAAAAGCUGAAGCGCAAACUGGAUGGGGAGGCGGGUGACCUGCAGGAGCAGGUGGCAGAGCUGCAACAACAGCUGGAGGAGCUCCGCCAAGCACUGGCAAGGAAGGAGGCUGAGCUGCAGGCAGCCUUGGCCAGAGUGGAGGACGAAGCGGCACAAAAGAACGCGGUGCUGAAGUCUCUGCGGGAGCUGCAGGCCCAACUGGCUGAACUGCAGGAGGACAUGGAGUCUGAGAAGGUGGCGCGGGCCAAGGCUGAGAAGCAGCGGCGCGAUCUGGGCGAGGAGCUGGAGGCCUUAAAGACAGAGCUUGAGGACACGCUGGAUUCGACAGCAGCCCAGCAAGAAUUACGGUCAAAACGGGAGCAGGAAGUGACUGAACUCAAAAAGACCAUUGAGGAGGAAGUCAAGGUGCAUGAAGCGCAAGUGCUGGAUAUGCGCCAGCGCCACACGAGUGCCCUAGAGGAGCUGUCGGAGCAGCUGGAGCAGUCACGACGGUUCAAAAUUAAUUUGGAGAAGACGAAGCAGGCUCUGGAAGGGGAGAAUGCUGAGAUGCAAAAGGAGGUGAAGCUCCUGCAAGCAGCCAAGGUGGAGUCGGAGCAGCGGCGCAAGAAGCUCGAGGGCCAGGUCCAGGAGCUGCAGCUCCGAGCUGCUGAAAGCGAAAGAGCCAAGGCUGAGCUCGUGGAGAGGCUGGUGAAGCUGCAGAAUGAGCUUGAUGGAGUCUCUGGCACCCUGGGAAGCACAGAAUCCAAGACAAUAAAGCUUGCCAAAGACCUCGCCACUGUGGAAUCCCACUUGCAAGAUACUCAGGAACUUCUCCAAGAAGAGACGCGGCAAAAGCUGAAUCUGAGCUCUCGGGUCCGGCAACUGGAAGAGGAAAAAGCAGCCAUGCUGGAACAGCUGGAGGAAGAGGAAGCUGCCAAGGCCAACUUCAGCCGCCAGAUGCAGAGCUUGCAGCAGCAGGUCAUGGAGACUAAGAAGAAGCUGGAGGAAGAUGCUGGAGUGGCCGAAGCCAUAGAGGAAGCUCGGCGGCGGGCAGCCAAGGACCUAGAGGGCCUCUCCUUGCGCUAUGAGGAACGGGUCCAGGCCUGUGACAAGCUGGAGAAAGGGAGGACCCGGCUGCAGCAGGAGCUGGACGAUGUCACUGUGGCCCUCGACCAGCAGCGCCAAGUGGUCUCUGCCCUGGAAAAGAAACAAAAGAAAUUUGACCAGAUGUUGGCUGAAGAGAAGCUGAUCUCGGCCCGUUAUGCCGAAGAGAGGGACCGGGCCGAAGCUGAUGCCCGUGAGAAAGAGACCAAGGUGCUCUCACUGAGCCGGGCCCUGGAAGAGGCGCUGGAGACGCGAGAGGAGAUGGAGAGGCAGAACAAGCAGCUCAGGGCAGAGAUGGACGACCUGGUCAGCUCCAAGGAUGACGUUGGCAAGAAUGUUCAUGAGCUGGAGCGUUCCAAGCGGGCCUUGGAACAGCAAGUGCAAGAGAUGCGAGCCCAGCUGGAGGAGCUAGAAGACGAGCUUCAGGCCACAGAGGAUGGGAAGCUACGCCUGGAGGUCAACAUGCAGGCCCUAAAAGCACAGCAUGAGAGGGAGCUGCAGAACCGCGAUGAUGCCAACGAUGACAAGAAGAAACUCCUCAGCAAGCAGGUGCGAGAGUUGGAGGCUGAGCUGGAUGCCGAGAGGAAACAACGGGCCCAAGCGCUGGCUGCCCGGAAGAAGCUUGAGCUUGAUCUCCAAGAGGCAAUGGCACAGCUGGAUGCCGCCAACAAGGGACGGGACGAAGCAGGGAAACAGCUGCGCAAGUUACAGGCCCAGAUGAAGGAGCUCUGGCGUGAAGUAGAGGAGGCCCGGGCAGCCCGGGAGGAAAUUUUCAUCCAGUCUCGUGAGAGUGAGAAGAAGCUGAAGAACUUGGAAGCAGAGCUGCUGCAACUGCAGGAGGAACUGGCAGCGUCGGAACGAGCCAAGAGGCAGGCGCAACAGGAGCGGGACGAUCUGGCAGAUGAGCUGGCCAAUGGGAACAGUGGCAAGUCAGCACUUCUGGAUGAAAAACGCCACUUGGAGGCAAGAAUAGGUCAGUUGGAGGAAGAGCUGGAUGAAGAGCAAAGCAACAUGGAACUCCUCAAUGACCGGUAUCGUAAGCUCAGCAUGCAGGUUGAGACGCUCACCACAGAAUUGGGAGCUGAGCGCAGCUUCUCACAGAAAACAGAGAACGCUCGGCAGCAGCUCGAGCGCCAGAACAAAGACCUGAGGGCCAAGUUGGGCGAGAUGGACUCCUCCGUCAAGUCUAAAUACAAGAUGGCAAUUGCAACUCUGGAGUCCAAGGUGGCACAGCUGGAAGAACAGUUGGAGCAAGAGUCCAGGGAACGGAUCCUGUCAGGGAAACUUGUGCGUCGUGCAGAGAAAAAGCUUAAGGAGGUGAUCCUUCAAGUCGAUGAAGAGCGGAGGAAUGCAGACCAGUACAAGGAUCAGGUUGAAAAGGGCCACUUGCGGCUGAAGCAGCUCAAGCGGCAGCUGGAAGAAGCCGAGGAGGAAGUAUCACGGGCAAACGCAAGCCGCCGCCGCAUGCAGCGUGAACUUGAGGAUGUCACUGAAUCAGCUGAGUCCAUGAACCGUGAAGUCACCAGCCUGCGAAAUCGCCUCAGACGCACACCACUGAGCUUCACCACCCGAACCGUGCGGCAGGUCUUCCGUCUUGACGGCGUCUCUGACGAGGAGACCGAAGACCCGGAGAGCGACUCCCCCUCCACCAACCACAAACCCCUGACGCCUUCCCAAGGGCCGCCGCAGCCAGCGACCCCCACUGAAGAGCCAGCCCAGACUGACUGAGGAGGGGCAGCCAGACCCUAGGUGGGUGGGUUGGAUUUGGGGGGAAGAGGUGGAGGAAGAGGGGAGAACAGGGGGCCCCUACCUUGCACACCUUCUGAUACAUAACACAAAACAAUAACAACACAUUAUUAUCCCCGGAUCUCAUGGCCAACCGCAACUCUUCUUCCAAGAGCCUCCCCACUCUUUGAGGGCAACUCCUCCUUGUAUCAGCCUGCACUUUAAUAUCAACCACCCCUGAGGGGUGAACAUUGAGGGGGAGGGAGUUUCUGAGGUGAGCUGCGGUUGAGAGUUUUAAUAGAUAGAACAGGAGAAAAAAAUUAUAAUCAGAAUUGAGAAAGCCAUUUUUUUCUUGCAACUUCUCCCUCUUCUUCCUCCUCUUCCCUGCCCAACUCUAGUUUGAAUAAAGAAAUAGAUAUAUAUAAGACAAAUUCCUAGCCCACCAUCUUCAGAUAACUAAAUAAUAUUGAAACUGGUCAGUAGACACAGGGCUGGGUUGGGGCUUGGCUGGACCCAUCCAGCACUGCAGCUGCUUUCUGAGUACAAGUGAUGGUUUAGACUAGAGUCAGGGAAAGUACUUUUGAGGGACUGCAACUCCCAGAAUUGUAGUCCUUCAAAAGCUAAAUGUUGCAAGCUUGGAUUCCACAACCCUUUUGCCUUGCCCUGAAUGCAGCCAGCUCUAGCUCGGGUUCGCCAUUUGGUUUCUCCUUCACCCAGCUCUGAGAAGGAACAGUACUCGGGGGGCCUCCUCUUUCCUUGUUCUUCAUGUCAAGCCACUGCAGAGGUCUCCUUUUCAUCUCUCCUUCUCUGUUCCUCAAAGGGGGCCUGUGGCUUCAGAAGGCCCUCAGAUUUCCUUCACAUGAAGGUUAUAAGGAAUUUUCUAUCAUCUCUGGAAGGCUGUUCCUUGCAGCACACACACACCUCGGCUUGGUGGAGGCUAUUUGGACCCUCCGCCGGCCUCUUGCGCCUGUCAAAACAUGAGGAAUGAACUGGAAGCCUACUCAUCUCAGCCAGCCUUCUCCAGUUUUGGAUCGGGACCUGGAUUCCAUCAUCUCUGCAUAUCGUUGCCAGCAGCCAAGAGCACUUUGAUUUCCCCCUGACCCACCCCAACCCCAACCCUGAACUUGCUGUGGUGGUGAUUUCUUUUUCUUCUUUUUUUUUAAAUCUAUGGUGAAGAAGUUAGGAUUUGCAAACUGCAUAGAUUCAACAACAAAACCAGGCGAGAUGGUAUACCAUAUCUUAAACCUGUUCCAUCUUGCCUGAUUGCACAUGUAUAGUAACUAACAAAAAAAUUGGGUUUUCUAAAAAUUAACCUCAUUGUUUUGCUCCUGAAAGUUAGUUUUUAAUCCUCUUAGGUAAUAACUUCAGAAACAUCCAGUUUGUGUUUGCAGCGGUCUAUGUUGUUUUGAGGCUCUUAUCUGCUGUUUCCCUGUAGCUACUCACCCUUUGCAUUGGGGCCCUUGACUUUUGCCACCGUUAUUCUUGCCUAUUUACCAAAAUGAAAGUGCAAGUGUCCUAGGAAAAAAGAAA